AUGGCCGGCACCCUGCGGACCGCGCUCGUCCCCCUCGUCGCCGGGCUUGACCGCGACGACCCCCGGACGGCGACCGUCGUCGAAGCCAUCGAGAACCUGUUUGCGUCACUCAAGGCGCCCUCGCGCGCACCGUCGCUCGCGCCGACCACCGUGCUGGACCUACAGGAUCAGCGAAUAUACCCCUACGGGCUGAACUUCAAGGACGCCGACGCCGAAGCCCAAGCUCGAGCCCGCGGCGCAGACGACUCCAAGCUGCCGUCCUCAGAUGGCUCCGAAGCGGGCUUCAUGACACUCUCAAACACCAAGGCCCUCCUCUCCCUCGUGCGCAAGCACAUGUCGCUAACCUCGCUCGCGGGCAGCCGGAUGCUCAUCGACGUCCUCUUCCUCCGCCUCGCGUCCGUCCUGAGCGCCGAGUCCGCCGAGGACGACGUGUCGAUCGUGCCCGACUGGUCCGGCCUCGCGCAUGGCCGGCGCCCUCUCGAGGGCGUCGCCGACUACCUCGUCGCGAAGCGGCCGAAGCGGUACUCCAGUCUCAUCCUCUCCGAGCCGGUGGGCGCGCUGAGCAGGCCGGACCUCGAGCACGCGGGGACGUCGAACGUCUUCGAGGCCCGCGCGUUCUCCGAGCUCGCGUCCGGGCUCGCACAGGCCGUGCUUGCUGUCGCGAGCGCGUGCCGGGAGAACCAGAAGGAGUGCGCGCGCGGGGCGGUGACGUGCGGCGACCACUGGAUCUUCUUCGCGUACCAGGCGCCGAAGGGGAACGACUACGCAAAGUACGCGCGCACCGAGGUGCUGUCCGUCGGGCGCGGCGGCGAGGGCGUCGAGCUCGUGCUUGGGGUGCUCAUCGACUGGGUCGAGAACGCGGAGGUGUUUGGGCCGCAGAAGUACUUCCGCAUCGUCUAG